UGACGAAAUGACCAUUAGGUGGGAAGUUGAUUCUCUUAAUGGUCCAUGUAUAAUCACCGCUCUUGACUACUAUCGAUUCAGCACGGAUGACAGUCCAACGGUAGUGAUCGGCCGAGAAGACGGUAUCAUUGAAUUGUACAGCAUCGAGCCUGAUGGUCCGCCGCAACUGAAAGCUCAGCACCCGCUCUUUCAACGAGAACAUUUAAGGUCGAAUUUUUGGACUGCUUCUUUCCGCAAUCCUUGGUUCACCAGCCCUUGGACCAACGUCCAUUGCCUGCAAGGUGGAACGGACUUCUCAGGUGGAAGCUUUGAAGUUCGUCUCUCGCUCGAUGUCUACUCAUCAUUGCGAUUGUUAAAGGAGAUCGAGGAAUUACAGUUCAAGGUCAAAACGCAGAGGGAGAAAUACGUGAAGAGCAUGAAGGAGCGGAACGGUGUUUCGAGUGUUCCGUUGUUUCCCAUUCACGACCGCUUUUUAUUGAACAAGUCCGACGCCACCCACCAACUCAUCAUAGAACUUCCGGUACCCAUCGAGUGCAUCGUGCUACAGAGCGAGGUUGCGAUCGAUUUAUUGGAUGUCAAGGAAAACUCAGCGAUUGUCAGCUUCUCUCCAUGUGAUCCUCAGUAUUCAAACGCGCUGCUGGCCACGUUCAGAUGUCAAGCAGAAACCAUCUCAUUCGAAACCAAGAUUCGAACGAUUGAAGGCCAGUACGGAACACUGCAGGCGUAUGUCUUUCCACGACUGAUUCCAGCCGUGUGUCAAGUCCGACGUUACGCUAUCAAGCCCCUGUCACUGCAUCAUCGAACUUAUUCCUACGAUGAAAGCCGGCCGCAGAACGUCAUGAAAAUAACUGGCUCCUUUAGCUUGUUGGAAGCUCAUGCAUUGAUCGAUGUCUGUUUACCAGAGAUACCCGAGAAGCCCCCAAACACCCAGACUCUACAGUACUAUUUCACAUCGUCGUUUGUCGGCAGCCAGUUGGAGUGCACAUAUUCGUAAGC